UGAAACAGAACAAAUGUAUUAUUAAAUUCAAAUGAUACAUUCUCAGUUAAAACAGUUGUUAGUUUAGUUGCUAUGCGCUUUGAGUACUACAAUCAAGUAUAUUUUAUUGAAUUGUAUUGAAAGUUCACGAGAGAAGUUUUUUUCUUGUAAAAGUUCAAAUUUGUUAAUAAUUGUGGUGUUUUUUUUAUUCAUUUGUGAUAAUUUUUUUAAUUUGUGUUAAAAACUCUAUGAAAAUGGAAGUUUUACAACAGUUUAAUGUGGAUUUUACUAAUCAAAAAGGUGCUUGGGAGCACACUUUAAAUGCUGCAUCAGAAAAUAAUAAUUCUGGUGAAUCGUCUGUUAUGCGAAGUGCCUGUGCGGCAUUAGCAAAACGUUUAGAAUCAGAAUUACGAGCAGCGAAAUCAGCACAAUUAGCGUGUGGUGAAGUGCUAUUACCAGCUGAUUUAUUACCCCGUGUUGCAAGAGCUGUUUUAUAUUUGGCCGAUUCUGAACCUUGUGGUCUUCGUGGUUGUACGCUGUUUGUAAAUUUUGAAACUGAGGCUGUUUGUCGUCGUUUAUGUACAAUCAAAUGUGAUCCUGGAACUGUUUCCACUUUUGAAUUAUUCCUGACGCUUAAACAGGAUGCCACUUCGUGGCAUAAUCUGUUACCGCAAUUUCUCAAAAAUUUAACGAGAGGUGGUACCGUUAUGAUCAGUCCAGCAUUCACCCUCAGCAAAAAGAAAUUAUAUCGUUCAUAUCAACAGUUCUCCAGCACCGAUUGAUUUAACGUUGUUCUUGAUGAUGCUGAAAAUGAAAAAGAAUAAAGAUGUGCGUGUGAUUUUUGGGGUGACAAAAAUUUUGCCAAGAAAAAAAUCGAAAAUCAACAUUCAUCUGUGUGGAACGUGAUUUUUUCUCGGUAUAUUAACUUUUUUUUACAAAUUUUUUUAAAAUUUUGUCAUCACAAUGGAAACCAAUCGCGUACUACUUCAAAAAAAAAAUCGUUAAAGCGUGUAACGGCGAAUACAAAUCUCGCUCGUUGUGUGCUGCUCACAAAAUGUUGUUUUCAUUUUUGAAAAAAAAAAUGAUGAGACUCUCAAUUUUCAAAGUGAGAAUUAAAGACUGAAGCAUCACUCAUGAUUUUAAAAUAAACCGUGUUUUUUUUCUGUUUUGUUUUAAAUUCCCCAUUUUUUAUUGUAAUAUUUGAUGGUCCAAUGUUUAUAAAAUAUUAUAUAUAUUGAUAUAAAUCCGUUUUAGGGUUUUCAUUCUUUGUUUCUUUCUGAAAAAACAAAAAAAAAACAACAAAUUAAAUAAAUCGAAAAUAAACGAUUUUAAAUCCGAAUUUUUUCUUUUCAAAUUUUCGACAAACAUAGAAAAACUGAUUGCCUUACAUCCAACACGUAACACAAAUCAAUACGCAUACUCAGUAAAUUUGA